AUGGAUAAAUGCCUUCGGAGCAGACAUUCUGAGAGGAUGAGAGCGUGUUUUCCGAGCGAUGUUGCGAAUCAAAAACUUAACAAGUACGACUCUUCCGAUUACGAGCGCAAAAUUAUUCCCACCGACAUGACUGCCCAAAACGUGCCUAGCGAGACUCAUGUCAUCAUCAUUGGUGCAGGCAUCACCGGUCUUGUCCUAGCGCAGGCACUCAAGAAAGAGGGUAUUCGUUAUUCCAUUUUCGAGAAGGACGAAUCGCUCAACGUGCGUAGCAAUGAGUGGACUAUGGCCAUUCAUUGGGCCCUUGAGAGGCUCGAGACUCUCUUGCCGCCAGAAGCGUAUGCAAACAUGGAAAAGGCUUCAUGCAAUCCUGCCGUACCCAUCAAUGCGGGUGGUAACUAUCCCAUCAUACACGCAGAGACUGGAAACAUAAUUGCUGGAGUUCCGUACAAGAGAGGCCUGAGGGUCCCUCGAAGUAAGAUGCGAGCACUGUGUGGUGAAGGGAUUGACGUCCAGUAUGGCAAACACGUACAAGACAUCAAUUUCGGAGCGGACGGGCAAGGUGUGGCCGUCAAGUUCCAGGACGGCACAGAGGUAUCAGGUACCAUAGUUGUUGGUGCAGACGGCACUCGAUCUCGUUGCCGCGAAGUCGCACUGAACUCUGCGGAAAAGGCCGCAACCACGCCGUUUCCGAUCUGGCACAUGAACCUGACUGUAUGCUACGGCGAUGCCGAAAAAGCGCGUUACGUGCGAUCUGAGUUCCCCACCAGCUUUCUGGCACUCAGUGAGCGCUCUUUCCACGCUUUCCAGUCCAUCUCCAGCAUGCCAGACGGCCCAGACCAUCCGGAGAGUUGGGUGUUUCAUUUGGCAAUGGCGUGGCGAGGAGAAGCGAGACACGACCUUAGCUAUGCAGAACGCCUAGCUAUCAUUAAGGAGAAGGCUGAUGGGCUCGCUGAGCCUGCACGUUCCUCCUUCAAGUGGAUUCCAGAUGGCACACAGGUCCACAAGGCCGACAUCAGCUACUGGGUUACCGAGCCCUGGGAUAAUCACCAGGGACGUCUCACUCUUGUGGGCGAUGCAGCGCAUCCAAUGCCACCAUACCGCGGCCAGGGACUCAACCAUUGUAUUGCUGACAUCUUUGAACUCGUGGGCAACAUUAAAAAAGCCGCUUCGGGCGAGUCGACCUGGGACGCUACAAUUUCAGCUUACGAGGCAGAAAUGAUUCCGCGUGGCGCUGAAGAGGUGAAAUGCUCCAUUGAGAAUGGAAUUAUGCUCCACGAUUGGGAGAAAGUAAAGCAAAGUCCAGUCUUUACCGCUGGUUUCAAGCCAAUGAAGGGUCAUGAUACAUGGGAGACAAACAAGGACCACGAAGAAAACCAGAAAAAAGCUGAAGCGGCUCGCGGGAUGAGAAAUAAUGUGGUUACCACUACAUAG